AUGCCUGCCCCAGACUAUCUUGGAAUUGAUUUUAAAAUCAGGACGAUAGAAUUAGAUGGAAAGAAAAUUAAGCUUCAGAUCUGGGACACAGCAGGACAAGAGAGGUUCAGAACAAUUACAACAGCAUACUACAGAGGAGCCAUGGGCAUCAUGCUGGUUUAUGACAUCACAAAUGAGAAGUCUUUUGAGAACAUAAAGAACUGGAUAAGGAAUAUUGAAGAGCACGCAUCUUCAGAUGUCGAGAGGAUGAUCCUGGGUAACAAGUGCGACAUGAACGACAAAAGACAAGUGUCAAAAGAAAGAGGAGAAAAGCUAGCAAUAGAUUACGGGAUUAAAUUCUUGGAAACGAGCGCCAAAUCAAGCAUAAACGUGGAAGAGGGAUUCUACACACUCGGAAGAGACAUCAUGACAAGACUUAACAGAAAAAUGAAUGACAACAGCGCAUCAGGUGGAGGAGGUCCUGUGAAAAUAACAGAGAGCCGAUCAAAGAAGAGCAGCAUCUUCCGAUGUACUUUACUCUGAUGAACUUCUUACAAUAGACUAGAACAACCUUUACUGAUUCUUUGAAAGCACAAUAUUGCUCGGCCUAAGAAUGAAAUUCCAUUGGCUGCUGCUGAGAGCCAUGUAUUCUGCAGACUACAGCAACUAAAAUCUCAUAUUAAUAUUGCAAGAAACAAUAACAGGUUCAAAAUCCCACUGAACACUUAGUAUCAUAAACCAUGGGAAUCUACAAUAAGAAGUGGAGGCUCGUUCUUGGAAAUGUCUUUUUUUGUUUUUGUAUUACAACUUUCUUUUUGUAACCAGGAUUGUAUGUCUGUUUUAGAACAACGGCUUCUGUAGUUUUAACUUUGAACAUUGGUUGCGAGUCUCGUGGAAGAAGUUUGCGCCCUGUUUCAGCGUAAUUUGAUGCUGUAUCUGUGUCCCUGUAUGUUCCUGUCUGCAUUUUCCUUUCUGUGAAAGAUGUUCCGUGUUUUCCUAAACAUAUGUGUUCUAGUGUAUUUAUGAAACAAAAUGUGUCUUAAACCAAGACGCUCACCAUGAAGGAAAACUGUGGCGAGAAAACACCUUUUAAGGACAUGGCUUUGGAGCUGAUCACAAUAGCAAGCCAAUAAACAACAUGAAGAGAGCCACAGUUUGGUAAUGAAGGUAUAGCACAGGAGUGCAAGAGAGUAUUUGAUGUUCACAGUAAGAAGUCCACUGAGCCAUGUAAUUCUCAACUUUAAGUAAACUCCAAACUCUUGGCAUCCAUAUCAAUCCCUUGUACUGAAGCUGACUGAGCCUGUGAACUACAGCUUUGUAGACAGCAGUUGCAAAAAUAACAACAUCUAAGAUCUACUUUUUUCUUUUUUUUUACCUGGCUAUUUAAUAGAUGUUGCAUUGCCCAGUGGCCCACAUUACUAUAUUUUGUACUGCUCAAUGUGUAACAUUUGGGCAAACAGGGUAUUGCAUCCUAAUUUAAUAACCAAUGGGGGUAAUACUUUAAAACUGACUUGAAGUCUUGGGUAUGUUCUUUCUAAUAUGCCCAAAGCCAAUUGCACACCAUUUGUACUUGUUUUAAUUGAAGGUUGGUUUUAGGGCAGGUAGCUGUGCUUAGUUCAGUUGUAAUAAAACAUUAAGAAAAGCAGGCAACAAUGAAGGCUGUUCUUGUGGAUUAAUUCAGUUUCACAUUUAUUUUAAAAAGUGAUUUAAUCCAUACAGGACUGAGCUACAGAGUGAGCUGUAAGAAUGUAAUGCAUUUUUUGAGAUAGUAAAAGUUUUUGAAAGUUUAAAAUACACAGGGUUUAUAUAGACUAGAUACGUGUUCAUAGAAUACUGUAGUUAUUCUAUGAGUGAGUGCAUCCUCAUGAGUGAAAUAACUGUAGCACUCUAUGCACAUUCGUGGGGUAUUCUUUAUAUGUAGUGCAAUGUGGAAAAAUAAAAUAUGCCCUUAUUUUAAACCGCUGAAUGCAGAGAAAUACUUUCCUUAGAUUUAAGCUCUCAAUCUUCAAGUUGGUGAGUUUGCCCAAGUGAGUCAUUCACUACUGUUGUUACUGACACAUGCAGUUGGCAGUAUAAUCAUGGGAACUGUCAUAUUGCAAUGUUAUGUUUAGAUUCAUCUAUAUUUGUGGAGGCGAGAUUCCCAAGGUGCCACAGCACAUGUCUGGUCACAUAAACCCAGGAAUUGGUUCAAAUGAUUGUUACUGCAAUAGCACAAGAAAGGAGCAUCUUGGUGAAUGGUGGUACACCCUAGCACCAGAACUCUUUAGUGAAACGUUACCGUUCAAGGGCAUUUUUCUUCCCUGCUUUGUAAAUCUGUCUGCUCAGUUCUGUUACAACUUGCAUGCAGUCAGAUUAAAUUGAGUGUUGAAUGUAAAGCAGUGUUGUUGAAGGGUAUUUUUGUCGCUCAACCAAGGCGUCAAUAUUGCCACGUCAUUUUUUUAAGCCUUUUUUUUUUGUUUGUUUUGUUUUAUGUUCGUUAAUUAUUGGGUUUCUUUCUUUCUUUAAAUUAAGAAUUUUAGUACUUCGUUGUCCAAGUACACUUUUUAUGUUAUUUCAAUGUCUUUUUUUUUUUGUUAAGCUGAUCACUGGAAAUUGCCUUGCUUUUAGAACCUGUUCUUAUGUUGUUAGUGUCUAGUUGAGCAGAGAUUUGUACACGUGCUUCUUGAAGCAGCAGCAAGAUGGAGCAUCUAUACAUUAAUGCUAAUUUCUUACAAUUAAUUAUGCUAGAUUGUGUAUAUAUUUUAAGUGCGACCAUAGGAAAACCACUUUAAUGCAUGCUUAAAAUUCUUGUAGCUAUGGCAUUGCUGAAUAAUAAUGCGUUAUUGAUAAUUGUAUCAUACUUUUUUUUAAAUAAAUAUAUGCGAGUUAUGCACAGCAGGGGAUAUGUUUUAUUCGCCUAUGUGCAUUUUUUUUUAAAGAAUUUAAAUUUAAUACAACUAUUGUGUAUUGUUUACAGAGAAAAAAGAAACAUUUGCAGCAGUAUUAAUUGUCUCAUUGGCUGCACUUUAUUUCUCAAGUGUUUUCUUGAGUAAAAGGUGCGUCUUUGAAUACAAGUGAACGUGAAACACAGAAAAGGACAGAGAAGGUGUCAGCUGUUGUGUAGACUGUAGGAACCAAUGAAACAGUACCUUGUUUUUGUCACGUGAGUAUAUGACUUAUCAGUUCUCUUAACUUUAUGAUUAUAUUUGUGUUUUAUUUCAAGGGUGUGGGAGAAUAUCCUUGACGGUGUUCAAUUGCAAUGACACCUUGUAAAAUAUCAGUGUCGUCUUUAAACUUCACAACAAUUGCUGAGAUCUGAUUUGCUUGUAGAACCUUGAGCCCCUUCCUAGAUGAAUCACACAGGCCUACUCCAGUUUUACUGCAUUAUCAAAUCAGGCCUUCUGUCGUACAACCCAGUGGAAAUGAUGGGUCAUGUUAACUGUAGUGGGACAAUAUUCUGCCAGUAGUGAACAUUUACCACAUGUAAAGGAUUUGAUUUAUGGAAUCUGUGAGCUUGAGAACAUUUAGUUAUAUUUUGCAUAGACCAUUGAUAAGAUUGUAGCUGUGUGUUCCAAUGGCCUUACCAUUAAAUGCUAGUAUAAUUACAGUUUUACUUGGGACCAGGUUACAUUUAAUGUAACAACAAAAGCACUCCACUAGAGGACUUAUUGCCUCCAAAGAGAUCUGUUUCAACCUUUUUCUUUAAAGCGCAUUUAUUAGCAGCUUGUUAUCAUGACGUUCCAGAAAGCUCCAGAAAAUAAAUAGAAUUAAAGACCUGCCAAGUGUUUAACACAUAAACCUGUUCAUAAUGUGUACUGAUAUUGCGUAAGAAAAAAAAAAAAAUUGGUUUUGUUAAGUGUGGAUUUUUUUUUUCUCCAAUAAUGUGCAUCUCAAGUAAAGAUUGUGUUAUGAAAUGUA